AAAAAACCCCUCUGUUUCAGUCAGUCGCACUCUCACCGAAAAUGCUCCGUCAGCUUCCGCCAACUAUCACGGCGGAUGAAACGCCGGAAUGGCUUCCCGCCGGUUGGAUAGUUCACUCCACGGCUCUAAAACGAGGUCGCCAAACUAAGACUUACACGCAUUUGAAAACGGGUAGUAAGCACUCCACCAAGGACCAAGUUAUUGAGUACAUUAGAAUGAAUGAGAUUCGUGAGCGCAAAGAAGCCGCUAUCCAGAGAAAGAAAGAACUUUUAAAGGCCUUACAAGCUGAAGAGGAGGCUAAGAGAGAAAGGGCUUCAAGGCUUCAUGUCUCUUAUUGUAAAAAUCCAUAUUAUGAGCUGUAUGACAAUAACAUGUCUAGUGGUUUGGAGCAAGAGGUACCACAGUGUCAGAACACUAAGGAAUCUGAAGCAGCUUCUUCCUCUGAGGAAACCGGGACUGAUUACAUUACGUAUGAUUAUAACACUGAGGAAGAAGAUUUGUCAGAAAAUGAAUAUGUGGAGGAAAAAGGUUCCCAAGAAAAUGUGAAGAGUUUCUCUAACAUCCCCUCUACUCCUCUACGGUUACAACCAGAAAGGAUGACGAAACUGGAGUCAAGAGCUAUAACUCAAUGUCUACUUGAAGAUGAAGAAAAUAUUCAAGAAGUUGAGACCUCAAAAGCAGACAAUUAUUUGGAAGAGGCUCACUUAGUGGAGUCUUUUGGAGAAGGAAACUUGCAGAAUGUUGUGGUGGUUGAUAAGGCGAAGGAGAUCCCGGGUUUGCCUGGAUCAUUUAGUAUUGAAAUCAACCUUAACUGUGAACCUCCUUUAGGUGAUAGUUUGGUAGAGAAAGAUUCCAAACAAAGUGAGAAUAUUGAGAUCAGAGACCAGGAGCGUGACUUGAUGCAUACAAAUGCUUCACCAAAGGUUUCUGAAGAGCCUCUUCAAACUCAACCUAUGCAUGAAGAAACUGCUAAUCAGUGGAGAAAACCAGUCUUCUUUCCAUUUAGAGAAUCCACUUCACAUUCUGUCCCUGUCCAUGUAGAUGAUCUUAUCAACACCACUGAGCUUGGUUUAAACCCAUGUCCUGACACCCCACAAGGAAAGAACAUCAGUGGCUCUAAAAAGCGGAAAAAGAGCGAGGAACCGUGUUCGUCUAAGAACAUCAAGAUGAAAGACACUGAAGCACAAACUGAUAAACUUGGGAAAGGCAAAACGACACCAAGAAAACCGCAGGGAGGAAAAGGAAGUAGUUCUAGUGUUGAAUGGCCUGAACCAUGCUGGAACUUCCCAUUUGAGCCUCUCGGAGCUUCGGAGGAUGACGACUCAGUAAUCCGCAGGUACCUUGAGCAAUACUACACAGAUGCAGGGAGUGCUGAUAGUAAUAAUCUACCUUUACCUGAUUUCGGAUUGCCUAGCUUCUCCAACAUCAGACUCUCACAGAAUGAAGAACCUGAAUCCAAGUCUCUUGAUCCUACAUGUGUAGUACAGGCAGCAUGUUCAAGCUUACCUUCCAUUGUUGCUACUACGCAGCAGACAGUUGGAGGAAGCUAAACAAGCUCGUUUAGUUUAAGCUGCGUAAUGACCUUAAUGUAAGAAAGCACUAGCAUAUGUAGAUGUAUGAAUGUGGCUAACAACUAUGUA